CUGACGACUGUAUCCUAUGGAAACGCCCACCAGAUGCCGCUCACCAAAAUGAAAAUACAGAAGCCAGUGGAGAGGGAAGUGAGGAUCCGGAUGCCACCAUCUGAUCCAGGGUCCCACUCUUCCCCGGUCAUGAUACGAGUGGAGAAAGAGCCAGUGACAGUUCCAAUUCCAAGCAAUUCUCUACAGUCCUCUCCUCAGCCACAAAUAGUGUACAGCAGUGCAAGAAGAACAAGCCCUCCUCUGCCCACAAUUCACUCUGUCCAGUCUUUGAAAGAAUCCCCAAUGCAGUGCUCUGCGACUGCAGUUGGCAUUUCUGACUUUGCCCAAGGGAAGGCGACCGUUGAGCAAGACAGCAGGAUACCUAUGUCUUCAGGUGCCAGUGAUACAGUGCGUCCCACCGGAAGACCAUAUCAAGAUAGUUGUACUUCCAGAGAAAGAGAAGCAUUUGGUCAUGUCAAAACUGCAGACAGUGCUGCAGAGCAAACCAGCUUUUCUCAACCUGAAGUUCCUUCAUCAUCGUCUGGAGAUAGUAUGAGUUUAGAAUAUCUGGGUGACCCAAGGCGAAAUAUAAAGGUGCCUGUAGCCUUCUUAAUGAAGGCACGACAGAAGACCAAGCCAAAGUAUGUAGCACGUUAUCUCGUCCGGAUGAUGUUCCCAAAGGAUACACUAAUGUAUAGUAACAUGCAAGGUGACAAAACUAGAGGAAUCAAACCACUGGAUCCUAAUAGGGUUGCAGCUUUGCGAGAGUUCCUUUGUUCACUUUUCCCUACAUACGAUUUGAGUGAGGAAGGCAAAGACUGGAAGAUUUGUGUCUCCAAUGUGAAUUCCAUGAUUCGCAGCCUACGUUGUGAAAUCCAAAAGGAAGCAGACAUCACCAGUGAUAAUGGAAAAGCUUCAGAACCCGAAGGAACAAUGGUGUGUGUCAAUCUGGAUUCCGAUGGUGAGGAUGAGCCCGUCCCUUCCCAAAAACCUGAAGAAGCCAAAGCAACUACUGAGACAUUGCGACAGGAAUGGCAACAACAAGACAAUUCUAUAGCACCUGAGAAUGAUGAACAAAAAGCUUUUGAACCAAAAGAAACCUUGGGUAACCCAACGCGGCAAGUUCAGCUCCCAUAUUCCGCCGUGUAUGUUGCAAAGCAGAAAACAAGACCAGAGCUGGCAGCCCGCUACCUAGUUCGACAUUUGUUUCCUGAGGAGGUGCUUGUAAGAAGCAACGUGUACGGAAACCUGGACCGGGGUAUCGCUCCUUUAGACUGCAACAAAAUCAGCGCUGUCCGAGGUAUUUAAAGACAAUCGCCGUGAUUCAAUUUGCAUGUAACAUCCUUUGGUCCAGUGGAGAAAUUCAUGAUCGAAAACAUGAAAUUUCUCAAAG